AUGGCAGUCGGUCCGAACCAGAGCAAGAUCAUGUCAAUCUCUACCACGACAUUGUAUCCGACCGCAUGGGUCAUCACAUUCACAGCGCCAUACAUCUAUUACGACGCCGGCCUUGGACCAAUAUUUGGGUUUGCUUACGCUGGAACGAUAAUCACUUCCUUGAUGCGUGUUCCGGCCAGGAAAUGGCGCACAACCACGUUCCAAGUUCUAAGGGAGGAUGAUGAUGACAAUAAAGCACAUGUGGGCGUCGACCAUGUGGAUGACAUCUCGAGAAAAGAUUGUGCGGUGUAA